AUUGAACGUACCCCGAAAAAAAUAGAAAUGUCAAUGAUGGCGAUUAAUUCUUUUUCAAACUAUGAAAUUUAAUAAAAUAGUAAAACUAUUUGGAUUUUGUUCAAAGUUUCGUACAAAGCAAGAAGUUAAAGAUAAAUAGUUGGAAAUAAAUAGCGGUUAAAAGGUAAAAUAACAACGAGUUCAAUAUGUCGGACGAAUCGGAAACGUUGUCAAAGAAGUCGCGCAAAGCUUCGAGUCCCACAAUCUCGGAGGACGAAUACAUCGAACCGCCUGAGUUCAGUUUGGCCACACUCGGAUUGCGUCGUGUUGGCACGGCACCUCCACCGAAGCCGCAACCACAACAGCCCAUACAAAUGUUGAAUGCCCGCGGUAUGCCGGCACGCAUACGUAAACGUAAUCGGUUAUUUUUCGAUGACGACAUUAUUAACGAUGACAAACCUCUCCGCAUGAGUCUCUCACCACGAAAAAUGCCCAUAAAAGCAAACGCAUCGCCACACAAAACACCCACUAAGGUUUUAAAAAAGCGCAAAGGUGUCGUCUCGCGCUAUAUGCGCUCGGAUGAGAAGAAAAAGAGCGCUGAAAUGACCACACCGACACGUGAACGACAUUCAAGUGCCGCCGGUUCAUCGGCAAAUACCACACCAAAAUCAAGCACGCGCCAUAGUGGCAUUUCGAUUACACCAGCGACUAGUACCACUACAUUGACACACAUUAUUCCGGCUGAUAAAAAGAUUGGUCAGAGUAUCGGCUUGCGUUUGCGCAAUUUAUUGAAACUACCCAAAGCGCAUCGUUGGGUCAUAUUCGAGUGGUUCUAUUCGUUUCUCGAUAAAGCACUGUUCGAGGGUGAGAAUGAUUUUCAAGUUUGUCUGUCUGAAUCAUUUCCAAAUCUUUGCACACGCCAUCUGACGCGCGCCGAAUGGCGUAAAAUACGCUCUUUAAUGGGUAAGCCACGACGUUGUUCGCAAGCAUUUUUCGACGAGGAGCGACGUGAACUGGAGCGUCGACGACAGAAGAUACGUUAUAUGCAGAGUCGCAAAUCGGGUGACGUUAAAGAUUUGAAUUUUAUACGAGAUCUGCCGGACAAGAUCCCGUUACCACUGCCCAUCGGCACUAAAGUGACGGCACGAUUGCGCGUGCCACAGGACGGCAUUUUUAGCGGCACCGUAGAUGCCUACGAUUCAAUGACAUCCACUUACCGGAUCACAUUCGACCGCAACGGUCUCGGCACACACUCAAUACCAGAUUUUGAAAUCGUUUCGGAAAAUUUCCACGAAAUGCUUCCACUCCAAAGCAUAACCAGGGAUAACAGACCUAAUCUGAUGAGCGUCUUCAACGGCGUGAGCUCAUCGCCCAUGCGUAGCAUGCGCAAUGUACGCUCGGCUCUGAAUAUGAAUUUGAAUAAGAGUGAUCCUGUCUUGGCGCAGGAGGUCAUCGAGAGUCCAUUCAAGGAUCCGGUGCUCGGAAGAGACAACAUCAAUGGCUAUCCGGCUAAACUGUUGGAGACUUUAGUGCGUUUGAAACGAGCUCUGGCCUCCAAGCGCUCUAAGUUGCAACGUCUCAGCGAAAUGAAUAACGAGGCAGAAUUAAAGGCAUCACAACAACUGGCUGCUGCACACAAUAAUUCCAACUCAUCAUCAGACGAAUCGCAAAACACAAAUGAGACGAUGCCACAACUGAGCGAGGAGUUUCAAAGGCGCUAUGCUUCGAUCGUAAUUUCAAUGGAGAAGAUGAAUCGCGACAUGCAGGAUUAUCUGAAUGAUGUGCAGGCAUUCGCUGGUGACCUAACGCGCGAUCCGCAAGUACAAGCAAUGCUGGCACCAUCAUACCUGCGGGAAAAAUGCCGCGAAGCCGCAGAGGAUGCUGUGCAGCGCAACAAUCAGGGUACAGUGCAGAACAAAGGUGUGCUGGCACUCAUAAAGAAUCUAGCAACCGUGUUACUAGUCGCCUCACAUUUGGGCAAUGAUGGCAAUUCAGCUGAAGUUUCAAAAGUGCUCGAGGGCUGCAUCGAAGAAGUGCGCUCCAGCUUGAGUGGAGUGAAUGUUGAAACGUUUCAGAAAAAUGUGCAAAUACAUUUGCAUCAUGUGCGCAUGCUCGCCGCCAACAAUAAUGUAAUGAUGAGCAAUUCAGCCAUAUCGACUGCCGGUGGUGGUCCCAUUGACAGAUAAAUGCUUUGGAGCUCUAGCAAUCGAUAAUGAAUAAUAAUGUAUAACAUGACUUAAUAAAAUAAUAUUAAUGAAUUAAUUUAAUUUAACGGUAAUAUUCUAACAAUUACUAUUGUGUAAAUUAGACAAUCUUUACUUUUUUUUCUAAAAAUCAAUUUUUGUUUUCUGUUUUGUAUGCUCUUCUUGUCUAUUGAAUUCUUUGUAUUUAUACUAAAAAUAAACUUAAUUAGAUUUCUUAGCA